AUGCCUCGGGGUAAGCAACGGCAAGAAGAUGCAUCAGGAGAUAAAUCCAUGGUCCACCUAGCACUUGACUCCUCCCUGCCCCCUGCUUGCAGGAGAUCCCUGAGACCCAACCUCACCAUGGAUCCACAGAACCAAUCCACCGUGACAGAGUUCAUCCUCCUGGGUCUGUCCAGUAGCACAGAACUGCAGCCGAUCAUCUUCAUGCUGAUCCUCACCAUGUACCUGAUCAACCUGGCUGGAAACAGCCAGAUCGUCACUGUCGCCUGGACUGACCCCAAGCUGCGGACCCUCAUGUACUUCCUGCUCAGCCAGCUCUCCUGCGUGGACAUGGCCUUCUCCUCAAUCACCGUACCACAGUUCCUAGUCCACAUCUUCUCCAAGCAUAAAGCCAUCCCUUAUGGCAGCUGCUUUGUCCAGAUAACCUUUUUCUUGGCCGUGGGCAACAUGGAGGGUUACGUGCUGGCCACCAUGGCCUAUGACCGCUACGUGGCCAUCUGCAUGCCCCUGCACUAUGCUGCUGUCAUGACCCAGGAGCUCUGCAUGCGCGUGAUGGUUGGGUCCUGGGUCCUGGUGACCCUUCAUGGUGCUCUGCAUGGCAUCCGGCUGUCUGCAGCAUCCUACUGCAACAAUCGCAUCCUGCACUUCUUCUGUGACAUUCCCUUCCUGGUGUCACUUGCCUGCCCCAAGCCCUUUCUGAAUGACCUGGUGGUCUUCACCGAGGGAAUCAGUGUAGUCGUCUCCCCCUUCCUCUUCAUCCUGGCCUCCUAUACCCACAUCAGAGCUGCCGUGCUACACCUGUGCUCGGCUGAGGGGCUGCGCAAAGCAGUGUCCACCUGUGGCUCCCAUGUGUUGGUGGUGACACUAUUCUAUGGCACGGUAAUCCUCUUGUACUUCCAGCCCCCAGGCCACUCCACCCUGGAGCAGGACCGACGUGUUGCUGUCUUCUACACGGUGGUAUCGCCCAUGCUGAACCCGCUCAUCUACAGCCUGAGGAAUCUACUGGAGCCCCCUGUGGUAGGGGUAAUGCUAGAACUGUCCCAGGAAGAGUUUUCAUCUUCUGCUAGCCUCCUGUGCAGAACUGAGUCCGGGGACUCAGCUGGAGAUGGAGGGGACCCGUUCUGGGGACUUAGCCAGUGCAGUCUGGGGUGCAGCAAGGAACAUAACAAGAAGAUAGUGAAUCUAGUAUUGCUGCUGCUGCUGCUGAUGGCUCUCCUGAACACCCACACCAGCUUUGAAUGCACUUUCUGA